AUGUACCCCAGCAACAACGUCGACUACUCCUAUCUUCCCACUCCGACAUCCCUGCCCAGCAAACCUCCUCCCCGACCACAUGCCCUCGACCGAAACUUCCGCUUUCCCCUCCAUCCUCCCCCGCCUCAACCGAACUUUCAGAGAGGGCAACAGGGCCAUGGUUUCUCUCCCUCGAUGUCUGUGAAGGGGAGUCUCGAAGGAGCAGGCUUAGGAGGUGGCGAGCGGCAUGAGCGAACCAAUACGCUCCAGCUCAACCCCGGAGCGCCAGCAGAAUGGGCAGACAUGGGUUAUGGACCGCCUGUGAGCGCUGUCGGCGGCUUGAAAUACGAUCGCUCGCCCCUUGGGCACGGAUUCGCCCCUUCCGUCCAGCAUCACUCCAACUCGCUCCCCAUUCACUCCCCAAACUCGCCUCAUGCUCUUCCUCAGAUCAACACCAACAUCUUGCUCACGCCGGGUUUGACGCCUCCCCCAAUCAACCGAGCUUGGACCCUCGACUCGUCUAGUCGUUCAAACUUGUCGCCUUUGGCACAAAGCCAUGGCGGGAGGAAUUUGACGAGGUCGCCGUUGGCGUAUGAAGAUGGGCGAGCUGGCGCUAGUUCGCCCGCACGUUCGAUGGUUUCGUCUGCUCGCUCGGCGAAUGGGGACGGGCCAGAAAGGGGAGACAGAAGGGUCUUUACUGCUCCGUCCUAUACGUACCAUACCGGCCCGGGUGGACCCCGCUCUGAGCGACUGGCGCAUCCCAUACCGGAGAGGGCUCCGAAAGGGCUUCGAGGAAGGAUCGGUGGGCCGCCCAAAGCUGUCCUAGGCGGGCCAGGAGGCAAGACGUUUGACGAAAUGAUGACGGAUCAGGGCAAGGGACUCCAAAGCCCAGAGAAAGCUUCUGGAGGGUUGACACCUUCUCCAAGGCCUAGCAACCGGGAUGGCUCGAGUCAAGGUGGGGAUGAAGAGGAAGAGGAGUUGAAGUGGAAAGGCAACAGGGUGGUGGUGCGUAUGCCGCACAAGGAAUACAACCCUCCCGAGUCGCCUCUUUUCGUCAAGGAUCCCGAGGAGGAGGAUGGAGAUCAUACACCUGUCGAGCAGUUGUCGCGAAAAGAGGCAUUCCCUUGGCCUGCUGCUCAGGUCAGGCUUUCGCCAGAGUCCACGCCCUUACCUAUCUCACCCAGGGAUGCUGAGCAUGAGGAUCCAGGAGAAGCGCUGAGUAGAGUGCCUUCGCCCGAUAUAGACUGCGACGUUGAGACGGUAUGGAAAGGCAAGAAGCUGGUCCUUGCUAUCCCCGAACCAGAUGCGUGGGGCAGCCUGGCUCAAGAGCGGGAUGAGCGCGAACUCGAGAAGAUGUUGGAUGAGAUGGCGGCUGCUGAGCAGGCGGAGCUCGAUGCGACGCCAGAUGAGAAAGAAGACGAUGAAGUGGAAGAUGAAAGGAUCGAAGAAGUCCUCGACGACGCGGAGAAGACAUUCGACGCGCACGGAUCUCCGGAGGAAGGAUCAGCAGGGGGCCUCCACCGCGCGUCCACGUCAACCACACAUCACCCACCACUCUCCCCAUCUCAGUGUCCUCUUCCCCCAUCUCCCAUCCCGGCCUCGCCACCCAUGUCGGCCAACUCCCAAUUCUCGGCCAAACGCUCGCAGGGCGGUCUGCAGAUGAACAGCUUUGCCCGCAGGCAGCUGGGCGGCUUCCUCAAGCAGGCGGCAGGGGAGAGUGACAAGGAGGCGAGGCCAAUACUCAAGCGGCCGACCCGAAGGUUAGAGUCGGUGGAUAUACCACCUCUCGCGGUUAAGGAGAUGAUUGUGGGUGAAGGUAGUCCGGAGGCUGGCCCGUCUCAAGAAACAGUAAAGGAGGUCACUCAACCAUCAGUCGAAGCCUCGAUUCCCUCAAGUGAGCUGCAAGAGUCAGAGCCGGAAAGAAAGUCUAGUGUCGAUGAAGAGGAAGGGAAGCCCGUCAAGGAUGAAGCUAUACCACUGCCUGCAUCGUUGUUGGACUUGAAGCGAAGGGCCCUUGCGUCGUCUUUAGCGUUGAAGGAGAAGAAAGAGAAGGACAAGGAGAGUGAGAAACUGCCGCCCCAUCUCCGAGAUGCUCGAAACAGCGUGAUCCAAUCUAUUGCUUCAUAUUCGACCAACAAGGCGAAAACAGACCCUCCAGCCAUCCCGGAAUUACCAGCUAUCCAAAACACCGGUGAACGAGCUGCAAUCACGUCACAAAACGCUACUCUCUCCGCCAGUGUACCCACUGCUAUCGUUGAGGAAGUAUCCGAAGGACGUCCCGAGUCAGAUAAACCAAUCAAAAGACAGCGCGCCGUCGAAGAAGGUCUCCAAGCAUCGGAAAGAGCUCCCAUCAGCAUACGAUUUGGCACCUCGUCAGCCCCUGCCCCUAGACCCAGUCUACGUCCUACGGCGGCAUCUUUCAAGCCUAAAGAGUCAAAGGGCAUCGUCUUUGGGGCCGCCUUGGCGCGAGAUGCCGAAGAACGUUCGUCCAAGGCCUCAAGGGCAAGCACCACUAGUACAAGCUCGAGCAAGAAGUUGAGAGCUGCAGCUUCAGAAUUUGUACCCCCUUCUCGAAGCUUUGCAUCUGAGAGCGCAAACUUUACGUUCGCCAUGCCCUUCGCUACCAUUCCCCUGUGGAGCCAGGGAGGUCUUAUCGAUACCCCAUGUGGUACAUCUAUCGGCGAUGCUCCAGCUUUCCACAGACUCAACUUUGUAUCAUCUUCAGCAGUACCGUUCAAGCCCGCUUCUCUCCGAAAGGUGUCCAUCACCUCCAUUCCAUCCUCGUCUGCCCCUCGCAGGGUUGACUCUCCAGCGGAGUCUGUUGCUACCACCACCGCCAGCGAAGCCAAGAUGCGCGCUUCCGCUCCCAUCUUCACCCCAGGCGCCAAAUCAAGUACAAACUCUUCCCCUGCUUUCGCUCCUUCCAGAGUACCAUCCACAACCCCAUUAUCGACAGCCACCAAGAUCCGGGCUGCUGCUGCGGUGUUUAUGCCGGCGAGCUCUAUUGGGAGUGGUAGUCUGCCAUCCUCACCGGUUAAGGGUAGUUCGCCAACACCUUCUAUCAGCUCGACUACUUCAAAGACGGUUUUAAAGCAUGAUGCCCCUGCGUUUAUCCCUUCGUCUGAGAAACGGAAGCGAGCGAGGGCAGAAGACUACUUGCAUAGAGAACCUUCCGAAAAGACUUCCAGUGAGAUGGAGGUAGAUACAGCUCCGAGGGAGAAUGUCAGUGCUUCAACUGAGAGCGGUAUCCAGACAGUCGAGGCGGGUGAUGAUGGCAAGGUUGGCAGCCAGGUCGUCAUGCCCGUCCCCGCCGAGGAUCCUGCACCCGCCAACGAAGGGCAGACAACAGACCAAGUGCAAGGCGAUUCCAGCUCGCCCAUCUCCGCUCCUUCAAGUGCGUUCGACACCACCACCGCAGCGCCAAGUGAGACUGCUGAGGUUUCCUUGCGCGAGAUGGACGGCUCGCACCAUGAUGAAGAGGUCAAGCUGGUCAUUGAACAGGCAGAUGGUGACGCUGAGACCAGUAGGCUCUUGCCAGUCGAACAAAGCGUCAUCCACUUUAGGCGAGAAGCCUCGCCCAUGCCGUCGGCGGGUACCGGCAGGCCUGACUCUCUUGGAAAUUCUGAAUUGAGCGAAGUUCCUUCUCUUUCGGAAGACGGUCGUACCCCUCGUCCCUCCCUUGCGACAAGACACUCGUACAAUUCCUAUCGCCCUCGCGAUACCCCAGACAUAUCCUCGAGUUUGAGCGAGCCCACUGUACCCCUCGAUGAUGUGGUCAUACAUCCUUCUCAACCGCUGCCUUCCCACCAUACUGCUCAAAUCCACGAGAAAUCACCUUCCAUCACUAUGCUUUCGGUAUACGCUUCGGAUGAAGAUGAUUCAACCGAGCCGUUCGCUACUGCCAUCGAGGCAGGAACCGAAGACGGUGAAGGAGUUGAGCGAGAGAUGGAAAGCAUCGCCACGCCCGAUGUUCCUUACACUGCUAGUACGCUCAACGCGCACUAUUCUGAGAGUGAGGAGGAGGCUUCUGGGUCGGUGAGUGGGACAGUCCGAGAGGCAGAGUUUGCCGACGGCGUUGAACAGUCGACUCUCUUCGGGAGCCAGAAAGUAGGAGAGGCACCCGGAGGUAGCAACUUUGAGUUCACGUUUGGCGAGCUGUCUCGGUCCUCUCCUUCCUCUUUGGAACAAAUCGAGGAGCAGAAUCGUCCCCAAGACUCGCUGCAGCCAACGCUUCUCGCCCCAGCCGCAAACGCCGGACCCCCUAGGUCUUUGCGGUCGUCGGCUCCAAAUCCCGAGGUGUCUUCUAGGCCCUUGCUAUUAGCAGCGCCAAGUCCUUACGUGCCCAUGGUGGCGCUCGACUCAGAAGAAGCCGCAGACUUCAAACGGUUCAUGGAGUAUUCGAAGAUGUCGGAAUCACCGAGAGCCGCCUUCCCGGACAACCUUCCUGAUGUUCCCGCGACCUUUGAAGGUCCAGGUGAACAUUUCGAGUAUUCCGACGAAGACAACGGUGUUGAGACUAUUCAGGCAGUCGAAUCUCGAGAAUUGGAAGGCGGGGAUAAUGACUCGUCGCAGGAGAACCAAGUUCACGGCGUUGGAAAUCUUUCUCAGUCUACCGUCGUACCUUCAGGUCAAGUGUCACUGGCUCCCGAGGAAUACGAAGAGUACAAGAGGUUCACAGAAGCAUCUCGAUCCCAUGGGCCUACCAACAGCUCGCCUCCUUAUUAUCAUGGGAUCGCUAAGCCUUCCCCCGAUCACCCUUCCCAAGACCUUACACACGAUCUAGACUCACGUAGUCCCAUUGUGCCCGGCAGGGAAAUGCCAGAAGAGCCCUCGACGGUUGUGGCUCUGGCACCUGAAGAGAUGGAGGACUUUAGGAAGUUCACGGAGUGGAUGUUCCCUCUCAACAGGCAGUCAUCGGGGUCGAACUCGUACGCGCUCGCUGCCGAUUUGGCUUAUGGAUCAACGGUGUCUUCCGAGCAUCCUCACCCGUCUCAUCCCACGCACGUACCCUCAUAUUCUCAAGUGAUCUCGUCCGCGACUACAACGGAACCCUUCGGUGCUGCCUCGGAACACAGCCACCCGAGCCUUACCAACUCCCCUGCGGCCUUCCCUCCUCCGACAUCAUUGAAUACCUCGACAGACUUUGUCAUCCAGGCCCCGCCGAAGGGCAAGGGCAAGGACAAGCUGCUGUCUGUUGAGGCUAUUGGAAGGGCGAUUGGUGUAGAUUCGGAUCUGAAUACACCCGCGACUGGGUCCUACUCCUACGAGGCGAGCGGGGUGAUGAAGAUGCUAGAAGACCUGUGCCAGCAGUAUGGGAGGAAGGACCAUAUCAGCUCGAGCCCUGGUGGGAUUGGAGAAGAGAUACUGCAUUCUGUGCAUGUUCUCACUGCCCAGCAAUCUGAGUGGUCCAGUUAUCUUAUCGAGAAGCUCACUUCUGCGCUAGAAGACCAGACCCAGCUGUUGACGACGCUGAAGCAAAACAUGUCUGCUCCACCAGUAUCGCCCAGUGCCUAUCCAUCGACUCAGAACGAGGAUGCGAAGGGAAACACCAGGCAAGAAGAAAUGUUUACAGCCAUCUUGACCAGCCAGCACGCCAUCCUGUCCAAAUUUGACGAGGUCGCUGCUAUCCGUCUGAGUUCCACGGAUGACCUUCAUACGGCUAUUGCUGCUUUACACGAAGCCGAAGACGCCGCCAAGGAUCGCUCCAGCAGUGCGCAAGCGAAUACAAAGUCCGAAGUCCGAGUCGCAACUCUAUCCACCGAGCUUGCCUCUACAAAAUCUCAGGUGACAUCUCUUGAGGCUGAAAUUGGUAUACUCAAGCAGCGUCUCAAGGACACUCGUUACGAGAGGAAUGAACUGCGAGACACCAUGGACGCAAAAGAGAAACAGCUGCUUGGGGCUAUCAUGUCUGAAGAGAAGAAGAACGAAGAGAUGGACAGACUUGUAGCCAGAGCACUCGCUGCCGAGCUCGAGAGAGAUGCGUUUGCCAAGAAAGUAAAGGAGAUGAGACUCGAUGAGCUCGAAGAUGAAAAGGAGCUCAAAAAGCUGCAGCUCGAGAUGCAGACAGAGCGUACACUGGCUGCUUCAGCUCUCACAGACAAGGACGAGGCUUUGGCCGCACUUCAUUCAGCCCUCAAAGAGACUCAGCAAGCUCUCGCAUCUACUCAAUCCCAGCUUGCCAUCGCUCUCCAAGCCCCCCAUCCCGCUCCUACCCUCAAUCCCCCCGAACCAUCACCUCUCUUGGUCUCCACGUCCAGUGCUCUUGCAGAGCUGAGCCAGUCAUCGUACAGCUUCCACGAGGAAAUCAUGGGCAGGAUCAGCAAGUUGGAUGACGACAUGCACGAGUCAAUGGGGUCUAGGGUGAAGGAGUAUGGGGAAGCUUUGGGUGAGAACAGGAGGUUGACUGGAGAAGUGGAUACUCUCCAAGAGAAGUUGGAAAGCGCUUCGCGCGAGCGCCUCAAUCUGGAAAAGGACGUCUUGCCUAAACUCUCUGCACUUGAGACCGAGCAUGUCCAUACCGUCGUGUCGCUACAAUCCGAGACAGCUCGUCGAGAGGCAGCGGAAUUCAAACUCGCGGAAAUGGAAAAGAGGCUGAGUGCCAUGCAAGAGCAGACCAUGAGAUGGCAGAUUGAGGUAGCCACUAGACAUUCCCAGGCUCAGAUGGGCGAGAUCCGUCUUCAGACGCUCACUCAAGAGAAUGUUUACUGGCGAGAAUUUGCUCUGGGCGCCGACCGCCGAAGAUUCAGGUCUUACGUGGCAUCAAGACCAUUCGAGGCUGAACAAUCCCCUGAUCAAUCCGCCUUCCAUACUCCUGCGACUGGGUUCAAAUCUGCCGCUAGAUCCACCGCGCGGAUCGUAUCAUCGCCCCUGAUUGCUGUGACUCCGACCAGGGGAGGUGAUCAGAGGAAUACUUCUCCCCUCAAGAGGAGCAUCAAGGGCUCCAUUUUGGACUCGCCUAUCGUGGUGAGCGAUGAGUCCAUGGAUAUGGAUAUUGUGAGCGAUGAGUCCAGGAAGGACCUUCUAUCUCCGCCGCAGGGCGAUAGGCCAUCGGGGCGUGUGGUUGUCAGUUCUUGA